AUGACUAAUACUGCACAUUUUGUGUUUGGAAUUUUUGGAAAUGCCACUGCUCUGUUCCUCUUCUUGGCACCAACGAUUACAUUCAAAAGAAUCAUUACGAAGAGAUCAACUGAACAGUUCUCUGGCAUUCCGUACGUCAUGACCAUGCUCAACUGCUUGCUUUCUGCUUGGUAUGGCCUGCCUUUUGUGUCACCAAACAACUUGCUAGUGUCAACAAUCAAUGGCACUGGUGCAGCAAUUGAGUUCAUAUAUGUUGUGAUCUUCCUCAUAUUUGCACUCAAGAAGGAGAAGGGCAAGAUCUUGGGGCUCCUUACCUUUGUCCUCUCUGUUUUCGCCACCGUUGCAUUCGUUUCCAUCUUUGCUCUCCAUGGCAAAAGUAGGAAGCUUUUCUGUGGUCUUGCUGCCACAAGCUUCUCCAUUAUCAUGUAUGAGGCUGGUGAUCACAACGAAGAGCGUGGAAUUCAUGCCAUUUUUCUUGUCUCUGUUUGUGUUCUUGUGUGGCACAUCAUGGUUUGUCUUUGGCCUGCUCGGAAAGGACCCUUUUGUAGCAAUCCCCAAUGGAUUUGGAUGCAGAUUAAGAGCAUUGCAGCUAAUCUUGUACACAAUUUACCGCGACAACAAAGGCGAACACAAGAAAGCUACCACCGAUGGAUCAAUGGAGAUGGGACUCAGCAAAAGCAAGCAUCACGAAGAAGAGCUAUAAAAAAUGGAUCAAAAUCAGAACAGCAACGUUUAGAGGCGUGUUUGGAAUUUCAUUGA